AUGAGUGGUUCUCGAUUACCUGCGACCCCAAUAUCAGGACGUAAGAAGACACUACGUUCGCAAUCAAGGGUCCCCCAAUCCUUCCCCCCUAUUACUGAGCAAGAAUCCGGCUCAGAAGCGGAGGGUGAUCAAACUGAAUACGCGAUGGCAGAGGAAGAUAUGACAACCUCUGGCUCAGCACACGAUACUGGCAAGAUGCCAGAACGCGAGGAAUCCGAGGAUGGCACGCCCAGUCCUAUGCCGAUACCUACGCCGAAUCCUAACGGCAUGGUGACCAUGGCAGCAGCAGAUCUCAUUGCACUCUGCGAGCGACUGAUAUCAGCACGCGCGCGGCCACCUCCUCCACCUCCUCCACCACCUCCACCUCCUCCGAACCCUAUACCAGAAGAAGAUCCGAACAUGCUGGCUCGCGAAUACCAGAAGGAAGCGCAGGCCUCGUUGAACACAAAGUCCGUCACCACGUUCGAUGGCACCAACUACCAGACGUGGAAGAUGGCGUUCUUGUCGGAUGCAGAAGUGAUCGGUGGUGCAGAUAUUCUUAAUAAGAACCAACAGGAACCACCUGAAGGUUUAUCAUCGCUCGAUCAGCGAUAUUGGGUGAUACGUUCAAAACUUCUCUUCCGUCGCAUGUUGCAAUCCCUAGUAGGUUCUGUCCGUUUGACCAUGGGAUCCAUUCAACCCGACAACGCGGCGGCCCUAUGGAACAAGGACGGUGAUUACCUGGCGUACGUACGCCGAUAUCAAUACCUGUCUGCUCGCAUGCGACAACUAACGGAGGACCGUGGUGAGAACUACCUCCAUGAUUUCUUUAUUAUCGGCCUCCGAGAUUAUCAGAGGACCUAUGUUAAAUCACGCCUCGACACGUUCUACGGGACGGGUCAGGGUCCGAUUGUCAACCUAGAUAUCAACGAUCUCACAAAACAAAUUGCUCACCGGAUGAGUAAAUCAGAGGGUACUGGACGCCCUAAAGCUCCAAAGGCCAACGCGGCCACCAAUGAUAAUGACAACACAACUUCCGCCGCAACCGCAAAGUGCGGAUACUGCAAGGUCCCAGGGCAUAUAAAGGCUAAUUGCUAUCAUCUGAACCCUGACAAAGCGCCCGAGUGGUGGAGGAAAGAGAAUAAGGAUAAUAAGGGCACUGACAACACUGAAGGUGCCAAAAAGAAGGGAAAGGAUAAGAAGAAGGACAAGGAUGACGACAAACCUACUGGCACCAGAGCGUCAGAUCUCCUUGCAUCGCAACCUAAUGCCAACGCAGCAAUUGCUUUAUCUACGUCGUCCGCUACAACAUCCAAACCUUGGUAUCUCGACACCUGCGCAAGCUUCAAUAUGACGGGUGAAAGGCACUCGUUGGUGCGCGCAAAGUCGUUCGAAGGUGAUUUAGAAAUUACUACCGCGGACGGUGGCGUAGGACGGGUUGAGGAGAUAGGUGAUAUCCUUCUAGAAUCAGAAGGGGGGGAUAUCUCACUAGAAGAUCAAGGCUUCAGAUACCAACUAUCAGAUACCACCCCUUCCUAUUUUACAAUAAGGGCCCCGAACGGUGCCAACUUCACCGCUGUUCGCACGUCCAAAGAAUCGGUCUACAAGAUAAUAGAACGAGAAUCUCAAAUAGACGUCCAUCACCCGUCCCAGGCCGUCCAUUUUAUGGCCAAAUCUUACAAUUACGGGGACGCAAUGUCGACAAUCGCGGGGAAACCUAACGAUCAACCUAGCGAUCGCAACCCCCUGACAAGAACACUCAUGGAAUGGCACGUCACACUAGGGCAUAUCCACGCUGGCGCGAUCAUUGCACUAGCGAAGGACCCAUCAUCCGGCAUCCGCAUCAAAGGAUCUAAAACAGGCUUCUUCUGCGAUAGCUGCGUCAAAGCAGGCAUGACACGCAAGUUCUCGCAAACUCCCAUGCCACGAGCGUUGCGAGCAAUGCAACGUGUUCAUAUCGACCUUGCUGGCGGUGGUCGUACGCUGGAUGAUAUGUCCGAUUACCCUAUCGAAUCUCGUCAAGGGACCAAAUAUUAUAUGCUCAUCACCGAUGACGCCACCCGCUACAGGUGGAUCUAUUUUUUACAUACCAAGGACCAAGCUGUCGAAAUUUACGCUCACUGGGUCCAAUUCAUGAAAAAUCUCGGCUUCACGCCACCGGCGCUAGUUAGGACUGAUAUCGAUGGUGUCUGCAUGAAUAUACCGAAGAAGUUCUGGGCAGACGUUCUCGAAACGGUGGUUGCAAUUACCAACAACACACCAACAUCUACCACCCUGUAUAAUGAGAAAUACUGGCCUACCAACAACGCCGACGAAGCACCUUCGCGAUGCCCCUAUACGGUCCCAUUCUCAGCACUAACCAACGCCCCGCCCCAACUUCGCCAUUUUAGGGAGCUAGGUGUUGAUGUUUACGCGCACCUUCAUGGAUCUCAAAAACCUACUGACAAGCUGUCCGCUAGGGCAGAAAUUUUUAAACUUAUAGGAUUCCGUGGUAACUCAAUCUACCGCCUCUGGAGUCCUACAACUGAUAAAAUAAUUGUCACCAGUGAUGUCGUUUUCCCUGCAAAGGAACCUACAACCUCGCAGGAUGACACUAACCACACGACACCCGAACCUGCAAGUCCAGCGACUUAUCUUGUUGAUGAUACUACCGUUCCUGAAUUAGCUGACGCCGAAUGGGUAAGACCAGCGAAAGCGUUCGCCACCUACGUUCCUUCUCCCCUCACCGGUUCCGUUCCGAAAGGAUAUAAGGAUGCCGUUAGUAGACCUGGGGGGGUUGGCGAAUAUUGGCAGAAAUCGAUGGAACGCGAGAUUGCAGAUUUGGAACGAAGGAACACUUGGACAAUGAUCCCACGUUCUGACGUCCCUUCUGGUGAGCCAGUGGCCCCCGGCCGCUGGGUUUAUGUCGAAAAAGAUCGCCCCCAGGAUCCCAACGCGGAUCCUGAUGGUAUAUUACGAAAAUCUCGAUGGGUAGUGUGCGGUAAUUGGUUAAAGAAAAGCGCACGCGAAGAAACAUACGCGCCCGUCGUUAAUGACGCUACUAAUCGCAUGAUGUUCGCGAUAGCAGCGAAGCGAGGUUGGACCUUGCGCCAGGUCGAUAUAGUGAUGGCCUACCUACACGGCCGACUUGGUAAAACGAUUUAUAUGCGGCAACCUACCGGAUUUGAGGUGGGGACUCCACACGCGAUGGUUUGCGCUGUCGGAGGCUCCCUAUACGGAUUGGACCCUGCUGCUAAGAUUUGGUACGAUUUCCUUACGGCAUUACUCCGCGAGAAUGGCUUCAAACCUAGCCCCUACGACCCUGCUCUAUGGCGCCACACGUCCCGCAAUCACCUUUAUAUGACAAUCUACGUGGACGACCUUCAUAUUAUAGCAGAGGAUCCGGCAGAUGCCGAUUGGCUAGUUGACACCCUCGCCAAUAAAUUAGAAAUAAAGGAUUUAAAAGAACCUUCAAAAUACUUAGGCAUGGAGGUUGAACGUCGCCCUGAUGGUGCUAUAAAAUUGACAUUGAGACGCUAUAUCGAUCGUUUAGUGCAAGAUUUCCGCCUAGAUGACGCCGUCCCUGUCCCUACACCAAUACUUGAAGGGUUGAAGAUAGACGAUACCCCUGUGUCAGAACGAGAAGGAGGGUUCACCAAAAAGCGAUACCAACACGGAGUAGGGUGCUUGCAGUAUCUGGCAGUCAAAUUACGCCCAGAUAUCGCGCGAGCAGCAUCCCUACUAGCGCAGAAGAAUACUGCGCCUACACCUAAGGCGUGGAGGGCUCUCCUCCGCGUCAUACAAUAUCUAAAAGGAACGAGCGACCUUGGCAUCUUAUACGAAGGCCCCAAGAACGAGAUCGAUGAAUUCCCCAACGCGUCAUAUCUGCCGAUAGGUUAUACAGAUUCGGAUUGGGCAGGACCGUUGAACGGCGAACGCAAAUCUACUUCAGGCUUCAUAUUCAAGUUAGCAGGUGCACCAAUUUCAUGGCGUUCGUCCAAACAACCUUGUGUUUCUUUAAGUUCAAAUGAGGCAGAAUACGUGGCACUUAGCGAAGCAGUACGCGAAGCAACGUGGUUGCGCAAUAUGAUGAUGGAACUAGGAUUCGUUACAGCAAAGGACCCCUUGCCUAUCAGGGCAGAUAACAAAGGUUCAAUCGACCUAGCUACCGUUGCCGCGAUCACGGCACGCAGCAAGCAUAUCGACACUCGCUUCCACUAUUCUCGCACGCAAUUGAACGAAGGCGUUAUUUCUAUUAAACACGUUCCCACUGAGGAUAUGGUAGCAGACGGAUUAACCAAACCUCUGGGCACAGUGGCAUUUAGGCGUUUCAUUGAUUUACUAGGACUUUUCGCUGGUAACAGUGAGAAUGAUUAA